GUGACCGGAAAAAUAUUGCUCAUUGGACCCACUCACAUUGAGCUGAAGUAGUGAACUGUUUACCGCAGUUACUUCAGUACAGAAUGUCUUUUUGUUCGUUUUUCGGGAAGGAGGUGUAUAAAGAACACUUUAAACCGGGAAUAUAUGCUUGCUCUCAGUGUGGACAUCCACUGUUUUCAAGCAGGUCCAAAUAUGCCCAUUCCUCUCCCUGGCCUGCCUUCACUGAGACCAUCCGUGAAGACAGUGUAACCAAAAUGAUGGAAACUCUUACAGCCUAUAAGGUUCUUUGUGGCAAGUGUGGCAAUGGACUGGGUCAUGAGUUUCUGAAUGAUGGUCCAGAGGAAGGGCAAUCACGCUUCUGAAUUUUCAGCCACUCACUGAAGUUUGUCCCUAAAGAUAAGGUCGACAAACACUAAAGUGAGGUGAAGCUCUUUGCUCUGGCGUAGCUGCUGUUGACCGCACACAAAGGGAUGCUCAGCCUAUGAAGCGUACAGGAAAAAAGCCUGAUGGGAGGUCCUGUGCACAGAUGUUUGUGAUCAUCCUGUUUAAUAACCACUGUAAAAGAAAUAAUGAGAAUAUUUAGGUAGUAAUAACAUGUAAACUCUUUGACGCACAUGUUUAUGUUUUUUUUAUUUUCAUUACAGGUUUGUUUUCUAGCCAAGGAAUAAGCUUAGUCAAUGCAUUGAACCCCUUUAGAAGGAAAAUAUAGUUCCUGGCUGCAAGUCUCUUGAAAGGUUCUUUAGUAAAUGCUGAGGUUCUGUAUUGAACAUCAUAAAGAACCAUUUGAACGUUAAUAAUAAAUGUUCUUUGCUUGGGUAAAUGCUUUUUUAAGUAAAAGGUCUUUAUAGAAUCUUAAAAAGAUGUCAAACUAUUUUUCAGAAGUAUAUAAAACCCAUUGUUUUCUUACAGUGCUGGCCCUGUCUGGUUCAUCUCUGUGCAUGUUUUCUCAUGUUUAAUUCACUGGAUUGUGAUGUUAUUUCCAUCUUUGCUAAAACCAAACAUUUGCUCAGGCUAUGCAGUAAAAUAACUCUGGUAAUUGCACUAAGACAGUUGCUUUAUGCUCCUGUUAUGCCAAUUCAUAUGGCUGUAAGAAAUAUUAAGUUUUGUGGGGUUUUUUUUUUUUUGGAUGAUGAUAGCAUUGUAAGUAAUUUUAAUAUUUCUAUCAUGCUACAAUGUAUACUCUGUAAGUCUGGUACCUCAGGCUCAUUUAAUGAUGUAAUUUUAGGCUCCACUGAGGUACAUAAACAGGUUGAAAAUUUUUGCUUUUCUUAAGACAAUAAAAAGUAUGAAAAUAA